UAUAAAAGGCCCUCCAAACCAGCUGAUCUUCACAUUGAAAAUCAAAACACUCUCACAUUAUCACAAACAAUAAGCUAAAGAUGGAAGGUGCUUCGUUGCCAGCUCCCAUUGCCAAGAGGUUGGAAGGGAAGGUGGCCUUGAUAACCGGAGGCGCUAGUGGAAUGGGCGAGGCUACGGCGAGGCUAUUCGUUCAGCAUGGUGCUAAGGUUAUCAUUGCUGACGUACAAGACGAACUUGGGUACUCCGUAUGCCGCGACAUAGGCACCAAUACUGAUGACAUCUCCUAUGUCCAUUGCGAUGUUACCAACGAGUCUGACGUCCAAAAUGCUGUCGAAACCGCGGUCUCAAAGCAUGGAAAACUUGACAUAUUGUUCAGCAACGCAGGAGUUACCAACGCUGAUAGCAGCAUCUUAGACUUUGACCUCAAGAAAUACAACAGGGUCUUUAACGUGAACGUCUUGGGGGGAUUCCUGGCAGCCAAACAUGCUGCCAAAGUAAUGAUUCCAGCCAAAAAAGGCAGCAUUUUAUUCACAUCAAGCACUGCGUCAGUGAUACAUGGAGAAACCCCGCACAUCUACACGGCGUCCAAGCAUGCGGUGGUGGGAUUGACCAAGAAUUUGUGUGUGGAGUUGGGGGAGUAUGGAAUUAGAGUUAAUUGCCUAUCGCCAUCCGGCGUGGCCACUCCUUUGCUAAGGAAUGUGUGUGGAAUACAAGAUAAGAAAACAUUGGAAGACAUGAUUUGUUCAGCGGCAAAUCUGAAAGGGGUGGUGUUUAGGACCGAGGAUGUUGCAGAGGCAGCACUGUUCUUGGCGAGCGAUGAGUCCAAGUACGUGAGUGGCCUCAACCUAAUCUUGGAUGGCGGUCGUAGCACCACCAACGAAGCUAUUAAGAACGCCAAAGAAAAGUAUGGUUCUAAUUAAUAUAUAUAUGUAUGUGUGUGUGUGUGUGUGUGUGUGUGUGUGUGUGAUUCAAAUAAUUUGAUAAUUUAUGUAAUUGUUUCAAUUCACAUUCUGCAAUUGUUUGACUUUGUCUGCAAUUGCAAUGUAUUCCAUCCAACCAAACUUUCGUGUUGUGCAUGUAACAGCAAUAUAAUAAAAACUUCGUGUGGGUUCCUUUUA